CUGGCGGCCGUGGCUCCGGCAUGGAGUACAACACUACAGGGCAGUGCAGGCAGCCCAGGGAAGGUAUGAGUGCCCUGCUACCCUGCUGGUCAUCUCCUCGGAGGCAUCACCCGAUGAGGGAAGCAGGUCCCCUCGACACCAUCCCUGCCUGGAAGAAGGGCUCUGGGGCACUGGAGGCCGGAAAGGCCAAGGAGCCUAAAGUGUCCCUAAAGGAAGAGGAGGAGCAGCCAGUGGCAGCAGAGGAGGAGGCUGACCAAAAGCAGCCCACGCUCAGUUCCAUCCCUGGCCUGGUCCAUCUCAUUAAUGAUAAUGGUGUCCACUCCACAGCCCAUCUAGUUCGAGGCAAGAUGGUGGCCUCGGCUACCAAGCCUGUGGCUGAGGCUUCCGGGGAGGCCCCAGCAGAGGAAGAAGAGGCUGAAGCAGAGCCAGAGGAGGAGUCACAAGGGGAGAGAGAGUCAGAGGCAGCAUUGCCUGGCUCCCCAGAGGGCCUCAAGGUCAGGGAGGGCCUUGUGGAGGACAAGAGAUUCCUGUGUGUAGCCUGUGGCAAACACUUCAAGCGGGCGUGGGAGCUGUUCAGCCAUGAGGUCGUCCAUAAGUCAGCCCGGCCCUUCUGCUGUGACCUGUGUGAUGCGGCCUUCAAGCAUCAUUCUGAUUUCAAGAGCCAUGGACUGGUCCACAUCCAUUCUGUGAACAGCUGCCAAAGUGACGUUCCUAAGGAGCGGCGCAUCCACACCGGCGAGCGGCCCUUCGCCUGCCCCGCCUGCCCCAAGCGCUUCAAGUCGCCCUACGAGCUGCAGCGGCACGCCUCGGCGCGGCCCUUCGCCUGCCCCGACUGCGGCAAGGCCUUCGCGGCGGGGCCCGCGCUGUUGCUGCAUCGGCGCCAGCACUGCGAGGACAAGCCCCACGUGUGCGGCGCGUGCGGCAAGCGCUUUAUGUACGGCCACAGCCUGCGGGUGCACGAGCGCGUGCACAGCGGGGCCCGGCCCUUUGCCUGCCCCGACUGCGGCAAGGCCUUCGCGGCGGGGCCCGCGCUGUUGCUGCAUCGGCGCCAGCACUGCGAGGACAAGCCCCACGUGUGCAGCGCAUGCGGCAAGCGCUUUAUGUACGGCCACAGCCUGCGGGUGCACGAGCGCGCCUUCAAGCAGUCCGACGCGCUGACCUCGCACCGCCGCGUGCACUCGGGCGAGCGCCCGUACCCGUGUGCCACGUGCGGCAAGGCCUUCAAGCAGUCGUCCUACCUGGCGGUCCACCAGCGCUCGCACACCGGAGAGCGGCCGUACGCCUGCCCCAUGUGCGGCAAGGCCCUUGCCCGGCCCUCGCUGCUCGUGCAGCACCGCCGGGUGCACAGCCCUGCCCGCCCCUUCGCCUGCCGAUACAGCCCCAAACUCUUCAAGGACGUGGCCUGCCGCGCUGUGCACGAGAAGGUGCACACUGGAGACAUGCCAUACAAAUGUCAGGUCUGCGGCAAGGCUUUCAGCCACCCCAGCAACCUGCUGCAGCACGGGAAGGUGCACAGUGAUGGCUGA